CCCAGUCGUUUCCCAGUACGGAUUAGUGAAACCGGCAUCGUUGGCCAAUUUUUGUUUUAACUAUAGCAGACUUUUCUGUGUCAUUUUCGUAGUCUGUUUGACUUUUGACUCGCUGUUAUUUCUUCCCGGCUCACUCACAUUGGAACAUUUUAACGUCUUGGAUUAAACAGUAUUACAGUUAAAAAAUAUAAAACUAAUCAUGAAUGAACUUCCAGCCAUAGAAGUUGUGUAUGACGCUCUGAACGCCCUUUACCAUAAUCCCGAUCCUAUAAGUAAGGAAAGAGCAUCGCAAUGGCUGGGAGAUUUGCAGAAAUCGAUAUUUGCAUGGAAAGUUGCCGAUCAGUUACUUCAUGUCAAAAGAGACAUGGAAUCAUGUUACUUUGGGGCUCAGACACUGAGGACAAAAAUUCAGUUUGCAUUCCAUGAACUGCCUUCUGAAGCACAUAAUUCAUUGCGAGAUUCCAUGCUCAAUCACUUAAAACAGAUAAAUGAGCACACCAAUACUGUGAUUGUUACUCAGCUGUGUCUUGCACUUGCUGAUUUGUUAUUACAAAUGACGAGCUGGAAUACCCCGAUCCAGGACUUGAUUCAAAAGUUUGGACCAAAAAACAAUUUUGAAACUACUCACCUUUGGCCAUUGUUAGAAGUUUUGACAGUGUUACCUGAAGAAAUGGGAUCUAGAACCCUGAGACUUGGUGCAAACAGAAGAUCUGAAAUUCUCAAGCUUUUUGCUGCAUCAACUGAAGAUGUUUUGCAUCUGCUGGAUUCUUGUUUGACCAUUCCAUCUUCAGAUCGUUUAAUUGGCGUUCGUUUGUUACGAUGUUUUUCAUCCUGGGUGCAUUUGCAAGCUGUGACGUUACACCAGUUAACAAGUUGUGCAACUCUAGUGCAUGUAUUUGCCACUCUCUCUUCCCACCAUAGCACACCGUUGCUUCAUGAAGCUGCAUCCGAUGCCGUCUGUGCAUUGCUACAGGUAGUCGCAGACCAAGAAAAUGAAGAUAAUACAACUCAGAAUGGCCAGUUGACCUCCACGUUAAACGAGCUUCGUACCCUUGAAGAUUCGCUUGUCCAAAGCAUUAAGAAUCUAGAGCCUGCAUACCAUUUAGCCGUCGCGGAAGAAGAUACUGAAAAGGCGUUGAAUUAUUGCCGAGUGUUCACCGAAAUAGCCGAAGCUUUACUUCAUCGGAUGCUAGAAUCUACGAAAAACAAUAACGGAACGAUGAACACAUCCAACUUAUUUGGGUUAUUGGAUCUAGUUCUAACUUGUGUUGGCCACCAUGACUACGAGGUUGCUGAGGUUACCUUUGGUUUUUGGUACAAGUUAUCUGAAGACCUUUACCAUGCAAAUGACGAUGAUCGAACAAUCAAGUUCAAGCCAUAUAUUGAGCGACUCAUUGGUGCUGUUUGCCGCCACUGUCAAAUGGAACCGGACCAUGAAGGUGUGUUAGAGGAGAGUGAUGAUUUUGCUGGUUUCCGAUCACGUGUGUCUGAAUUGGUCAAAGAUGUAGUCUUUAUCGUCGGUUCGGCUUCUGUUUUUAAACAUUGUUUCUACAGCAUUCAUGGUCAAAACAACCUUCCAUGGGAGGUCACCGAGUCAGCCUUGUUCAUCAUGCAAGCCGUAGCCAAAAAUAUUUUACCUGAUGAAAAUGAGGUAGUGCAAAGUGUGGUAGAAUCGUUACUUCAGGUCCCGGAAAGCGCUCACGCAGCAGUGCGUUUUACAACGCUUCUCCUCCUUGGGGAACUUGGUGAAUGGAUGGAUAAACAUCCUGCCGUCGUCGAGCCUGUGUUGCACUGCGUGCUCCGCUCCAUUAAUGAUCCGUCAUUGGCCGUGGCUGCUUCGAAUUCCCUGGAAGCCAUCACAAGCAUUUGCCGAGAUCACGUUAAAUCUCAUUUUGAUAUUCUCUUGCAAGUAGUGAGUGCCCUGGUUACAUUACCCAUUCCAACGGAGACAGCCGUCCGAGUAGUGAAAGGCGUUACCAAAGUCUGUAGCCGUUUGCCAGAUCAUCAAAUCGCGGAUGCUCUUCACCAACUAUGCAAGAUUCAUGUCGACGAAUUAACAAGAAUUUGCCAGACGGAAAAUCAAUCAAAAGUUGUCGCCAAAACCAGUAGUGAUCCCGUUUACUGGCUGGAUCGCUUGGCAUCUAUAUUUCGUAAUUUAAGUGUCAAUAUAAAAAAAGGCGAACAGCAUCCAUGCCAAUCAGUCAUUACUUACACAUGGCCGUGCUUGUCCGUGACUUUGGAUAAAUUCCAAACCGACAGAAGGGUGAUGGAACGUUGUUGCCGGUGCCUCAGAUUCGCUUUACGACUGAUUGGCCACCAGUCUGCUCCUCUUUUGCAACCUCUUGUUACUCAGAUGGUGCGCCUGUAUAAUACUCAUCAUCAUAGCUGCUUUCUCUACUUGGCGAGUAUCUUAGUGGACGAAUACGGCUCGGAAAGUGAAUGCAUUGGAGGUUUAAUCUCGAUGCUUGAAGCGUUGUUACCACGCGCCUUCCAACUCUUGCAAGAACCACAAGGGUUUUGUCAUAAUCCGGAUACAGUUGAUGACUUGUUUCGUCUAUUUGCCCGAUUUCUUCAGCGUAAUCCGGCCGCAUUCCUUCAAAGCCCGGCGUUAACAGCUGUGUUCGAUUGUGCUCUGCAGGCAGCCGCACUCGACCACCGGGACGCAAACGCCAGUGUUAUGCAAUUUCUUUCCGAAUUGAUCCAUACUACUCGAACCCGAGAGGAGAAACUGUCUUUUGAACUUCGUGACCAACUAAUGUCAACAAUGCUACGUCCAAAAGGCCCUAUUCUCAUCAGUACUCUAAUUACCGCCUCGAUUUUCUCGUUGUCUACGUGUUCGUUACCCAAUGUUGCAGACGUUUUGCUAGAGUUCAUGCUAGUCGAUCGACAGAGCAUUUCCAGCUGGAUGGAACAAACGCUUGAAAAUCUACCUCGGCAGUCACCUUCCGGAUGUGUCGCUGUUAGGCCCGAGCAGCUACAAGAUUUCCGCCACAAAGUCAUCAGGGCGGAGACUUCUCUAGAGUUAUCAAAUGCGUUACGUGAUUUCUCCAGGCUUUAUCGGUGAAACUCUGACUUGUUAAUUACUCAUGCGUCUUCAAGCUACUAACAUUUCUUCCUAUUCGAUUGAUGAGUUGGUUGUUAUUUUGGUUAUAUUUUUUUUUUUGCCCCUACUCAUUUAACUUUUACUUCGGCCAACGCUACUCCCGCCCUUGUACAUUUGGGAUCAUAAUCAAGGGAAUGCCAUAUGCACCUGAAAACACCCAGUCGCAGUAUACCUCCCUCGCUAUUCUCCCGAAAACCGUCGACCAUCGCACAAUGAAGCCGAAAAGUCACCUAAUACACAUUUCAUGGAA